AUGCUGUUCGUCUAUUUCUUUGCUCUAAUCAGUCUGGCUGCUGCGGCUGCUGUCCCUUACGAAAAUUCUUCCAACGCAUGCCAAAAUCCUACGAAGCGCGUCGAGUGGCGACAACUAAAGGACGCCGACAAACAAAGUUACAUUGAUGCAGUGAAGUGUCUGAAGACAAAGAAGUCAAGACUGGGACUUGAGACGAGCCUCUAUGACGACUUUGCAUAUGUACACUUCCAGUACAACCCUAGUACGGCUUUCUUGCCGUGGCACCGGUAUUUCACUCAUGUAUAUGAGGGCGCACUUAGAGAGUGUGGAUAUACUGGCUACGCAACCUAUUGGGAUUGGACGAAGGAUGUUAAGAAACUCACUAAGUCACCUGUCAUGUCUUCGAAGCUAGGAUUCGGUGGAGAUGGUAGCGAUACCCGCACGGAAAACAUCUACGGAACCAUUAGAACAAGGACCGCAUCAGGCAAUUCACACGGCUAUUGGAGGAGAGAUGAAUCCGGCUACCUCACCAAAUGGCAAGCUUUACCUGACAUUCUGGCGCCGAAUUCGUGA